UGAAGGAUGCUAGUGAUUUGUGCAGUGAGAUCCCCAGUCAGUGCCCUAGAGCAUCAGCGAGAGGAGGAGCAGAGAGAUGAUAUCACAGUGGCUCUAUGUGCUGCUCUCCUACACACAGCCGCCAGCCUGCUCUCUCUCCUUUCUGCUCCAUUCUGAGGCAGCAAUCCAACCUUAACUGCAAGUCGAGGCUCUCCACUGACAUCUCUUUUGUUCUACCACUCACCAGGUUAAGAACAUACGUGAACAAAUCAGCACGUUCCAUAUCAGAGGCUUUGGCAAUGCAGUCCCAGUAUUAAGGUGGAUUCCCAUUUACUUCAUUUCCCUGAUUUACCUGAGAGACUGUGCCGCCGCCAUGCCUCUGGGAUCGGGACCUUGCCUUCUGGGGACAGUGCUUGUCUCUUUACUCUGCAGCCACAUGGAGGCCUUCCAGCUGCCUAAAGGAUAUGUAAUGCAAGAAAUCAUGUAUCCACCUGUGAUUACUGAGCAGUCCCCAGAAAAGUAUGUGUUGUACCCCAAUGAUGACAUUGUGCUCAAGUGUGAAGCCAAGAGAAACGCCAAGGCAAAAUAUACCUGGAAAAAGGAUGGGGAAACGUUUCAGCCAGAUAAUGACCCAAGAGUCAGUCGCAAGAAAGAUUCAGGAACCUUAAACAUUUCUGGCAACGGGAACUCAAUGAAGGAUUUCCAGGGCAAAUACCGGUGCUAUGCCACCAAUGAUCUGGGCACAGCCAUCUCACACGAGAUCCAUGUUAUCACUGAGAGCACCCCAAAAUGGCAAAAAGAACUGAUCCGCCCUCUUGAUAUUGAAGAGGGAGCCUCGCUAAUAUUACCAUGUAACCCACCUAAAAGCGCAGUGCCCCCACGAGUUAUCUGGAUGAACAGCAAUUUGUUGCACAUCACACAGGAUGAGCGGGUGUCAAUGGGUGUGAAUGGGAAUCUGUAUUUCUCCAAUGUACAAAAGCAAGAUGAACAUCCUGACUACAUCUGUCACGCCCAGUUUGUUGGUGCCCGUACCAUUGUGCAGAAGGAGGCGAUAUCUAUCAAAGUCAGACCCACAAAUUCUGUGAAAUUUCGAAAACCAGAAAUGAUGUUACCCGAGGGCUCCAUGAGCACUGUUCUGGCAUUAAGGGACCAACCUUUGCAGCUGGAGUGCAUAGCUGAAGGACUCCCUACCCCAGAGAUUGAGUGGAUUCCCCUCCUUGGCUCCACUUACAAUGAGCGCAUUCAAUUUGAUGACUUUAAGAAGACCCUUCACAUUGACAAGGUGCAAGAUGAGGAUGAUGGGGACUAUCAGUGCAUUGCCAAGAACACCCAGGGCAGCUCCAGCCAUACCUUCACAGUGGUUGUUGAGUCUGCCCCUUACUGGAUUAAUAAACCAGAGGAUGGAAUCUAUGCACCGGGUGAGGAUAUUAUACUGCACUGUGAAGUCGGAGGGAAACCCAAACCUAAGGUCACAUGGAAGAUUAACGGUAAAUCUUUGAAAGACUCAGAUCUAUACCACAACUGGAAGCUGAUAGAUGGAAGUCUGGUCUUAAACAACAUGCAACUCAACGACACGUCUGUUGUUCAAUGCGAAGCCCGCAACAAACAUGGAAACCUCCUCGCCAAUGCUUUUGUCUAUGUAGUUGAACUGCCCCCACAGAUCCUCACCAGAAACGAUGAGCAGUACAUUGUAGUCGAAAAGACAAAUGUCUCAAUGGACUGUAGAGCUUUUGGGACUCCUUUUCCAACGAUCCAAUGGGAGAGUGAUCUGGAAGACAACCUGUUUGCCCUUGAUCAGUUUUCCAUGCACACUAAUGGGACACUGACCAUAACGGGAGUGGCGAAGGAAGAUGAAGGAAUAUAUCGGUGCACUGCCAGCAACAACCAGGGAAAUGUCAGCAUCUCUGCCUACUUAGAUGUCAGAAACGCUACUAAGAUCAUUACUCCCCCUAUGGAGCAGCAUGCAAGAAAAGGUGGAAAAGCGAUUUUUCAGUGCAAAGUGGAAUUUGAUCCCAAAAUGAGUGAUAAAAUAAUACAGUGGAGGAAAAAUGGCAAUGAGAUAAAAGAAGAUGCCGACAAUGAUAAGUACUUCAUUGAGGACUACACCCUAAGUAUCUCCAAUGUACAAGAGAGCGACCAUGGGAUGUAUACCUGUGCGGCCCACACUGAACUGGAUGCCGUAGAACUGACUGCCGAACUGGUGGUGAUUGAUCUUCCCGAAGCUCCUUUUGAUUUGGAGCUUUCUAACGCACAGGAAACCAGUAUAACGCUCACCUGGACCCCAGGCAACGAUAACAACAGUCCCAUUGAGGAAUUCAUUAUCGAGUAUGAGGAAGACAGCUUUGAACCAGGAGUAUGGCAUGAACUCACUAGAGUGGACGGGGAUAUGUUUAAUGUUGAUUUGGAUCUCUCUCCCUAUGUCAACUACCAGUUCCGAGUGAUUGCAGUGAAUGAGGUUGGACCUAGCAAUGGAAGCAACCCAUCAGAUCGUUAUGAGACUCCUGCAUUUGCUCCAGCAAAGAAUCCCAGAGAGGUGAAAGGGGAGGGCACAGAGCCACAAAACAUGUACAUUUCCUGGAAGCCAUUGAAAGGCAUCGACUGGAAUGGCCCUGGCUUCAAAUAUCUUGUAAAAUGGAGGCAACUUGGUAAAGAAGAGUGGAAGGAAGUGGUAGCAGAUAGCCCCCCUGUCCUUGUGUCAGGCACUAGCAUAUUUGAGCCUUAUGAGAUCAUAGUCCAGUCUGUCAAUGAUAUCGGCAGAGCUACUGAACCCAAACCCGUCAUUGGCCAUUCCGGGGAAGACAUGCCUGACAUUACCCCUGAGAAUGUUGGCUUAGAAGCUAUGAACGAGAGUGCAAUCAAGGUUGCAUGGUUGCCUGUGCAGAAGAAUGGGUUAAACGGUCAUUUGAAGGGAUUUAUGGUAUACUAUACCAGACAUAACGGGCACAACAGGCACCCUGGCAAGUUACUGGUCCAUGGUAACACAACACAUGCUUUAAUUACCGGGCUAAAACCUUACAGCAACUACUCAGUGGAAGUCGCCAUCAUAAACGGAAAGGGGGAGGGGGAGCAUAGCGAGUCACGCAUGAUACGCACUGAUGAAGGAGUGCCAAGUCCACCUUCAUUUUUACGGCUGGAGCGCCAAUCUGACACAUCACUGACACUCAUAUGGGGCCCCCCCGAAACUCCCAAUGGAAUUCUGACAGGAUACGAGAUUUAUCAUCAGAUAGUGAACAAAACUCACACUGGAGCAAAGUACUUCUCUGAAACCAUCAAUGAUCCCACGCAGCAAAACUGGACACUUUCAAAUAUCAGCUCCAAAGACACCUACCGGUUCUAUUUGUAUGCCACUACCUCAGUGGGACAGAGUGAAGCUGUUAUGGUGGAGGGCAGCACUAUGCAGGAGAUAGAGGUUCCUCCUGUGCUGAAUGUCAGUAUCGAGACUGGGGACAACGUGGUCACACUAAACUGGAUGCAACUGGAGGGGCCCAGUAAUGCAGAGAUCAGAGUGGAGAUCAGGAACAAAUCCAGUGAACUAUUGUGGCGCCACUAUGGUUCAGUGAACACCACCGACUCGACCUUCCAGCUGAGCGGCCUGCUCCCCGGGACUUUUUAUUUCAUACGCCUUAUGGCCCUCAAUCACACUCAGCAUGUUGAAAUCUGGAGUGAUAUGGUACAAACCAGUGGAACAGCAAUUCCCACAAAACAGGGAGGAUUUCCCAAUGAAGGCUGGUUUAUUGCACUGAUCACUGCCAUUGUAGUCCUGCUGCUCAUCCUGCUCAUCCUGUGCUUUAUCAAGCGCAGCAAAGGAGGAAAGUACUCUGUGAAGGAUAAAGAAGAUACUCAAGGGGACUCUGAAGCACGGCCAAUGAAGGAUGAAACCUUUGGGGAAUACAGAUCUCUAGAAAGUGACAAUGACGAGAAGCCUUUUACUAGCAGUCAGCCCUCCCUCAAUGGGGAGAUCAAGCAACUAGGCAGUGACGACAGCCUGGCCGACUAUGGUGGUAGCGUGGAUGUCCAGUUCAAUGAAGAUGGCUCGUUCAUUGGCCAGUACAGUGGCAAAAAGGAGAAGGAGCCAACAGGGGGCAAUGAGAGCUCUGGAGCAACCUCUCCGGUCAACCCCAACGUUGCAGUUGAAUAGAGUGUGUCAUGGGGACCAAGAAGGGUCAUCGGGGAUGUUUUAGGUUGAAUAUCGGGGUGGCAGGAGAAACUGGAUGGAUAAGGAGAAUUUAUUUUUUGCUUGCACGCCAUCUAACUAAUUUGGUGCCAGAGGGGGUAUCUAGCCCAUAACCUUUAUAGACUCUCUAGCACCAAAGUGGUUGAACUGCUACAUUCUCUUUGGACUGCAGCUCAGUGCCAUGUGUGUAAAUGGAAAUCAAGAAAAAAUAAAACAAGGACCAUAACAGGAAAAAAAACAUGGAUGGGUGGCUUCAAAUGCCAUCUGCCCAGGAUGUGUGCCAGUGUUCUCAUUUUUAUUCAAAAAUAAAAUAGUAACGAACGGACAAAAAAGGACUGAGGAGAAAACCACGAGGAGAGAAAAAAAAACGAAAAACCAAAGUAAAAAGACAAAAAAAAGACAAAAAAAUGCAUUUCUCUCUUUCACGCCAAGUUCUGCUUUCACGUUUGCCACAGAAGAGGUGUGUUCCUUUUCUAUGUUGUCUUUUAUUUGUGAUGUUCUCUUCCCAUGACGUUGGGGGGGGGUCUAUAUCCAAGAACCCCCACUCCUUUCCAUUGGUUAUUACUAUCUUACGUGCAGCCGGCCAAAUGAUAAAGACAUACAAAAAAAAAAACAACAACAAAAAAAAAUCGAACAAAUGUGUACGUAAAUGUGCUGAAUGCAAAAAUGAGCAAAGAUAACAAAAAACCUUGCGCUUCUCGUUGCGGUAAUGACCCCUUUUAUUUUCAACCUACUCAAUGUUAGGCUGAAACCAGGGGUCCCUCUGCUCUCCUACAGCUCUACAGGCCAAUGGCAAUAGGGGUUCUCUACAUGCACCCCUUGUCUGCCUGUAAGGGUGUUGGUAUUAACCCUUUUGCAACUGGGUGGGUUCCAGCAGGCCCCUCUGGUACAACGAGCGAAAGAAUGACUAUGGCUUUGGUGGUUGCCGCAUUAACCCAUUGACACUCAUCUAGCUCACCAGGAUCAAUGGACACCAUUUCCAGUCUUUAUGGUCCAGAAUUCAUGGCAGGGCCAAACGCAAGAGCAGUAAUUCUAUAUUUUUGCUGUAAGAUACGAUGCAGGAUUCAUUCUCAGGAUCUGUAAAGGUCACCUAUAUGCUGCAAACAGAGCUAGGAAAUGCUAGCCUGAGAGAUGUAGUCUCAUGUCUCCUAGCAACAAGGCUGGAAAACCUCCUUAGGACCAGAUUGGGGUGCAAUGAAGUCUAUUGCUCCCCCUGGUGCUUAAGGUGGGGUUCCACGUGGUAAUAACAGGGUUUUAGCAUGAUGCAUAAUAAAACAAGGGGGUCGGUUCACAAAAACUGCAGGCGAAUGAGGCAUUUCGUUUUUCCGGUUGCCAUUCUAGGCACCUUAUCCUACAAGAAAAGACCUGCAUAAGCAGAUAAUAUGAGUGGGCCAUCUGAAAACAACAAAGAUUUAAUUUUUAACAAAAGAACACCAUUUUGCCAAAUUUUGCCCUAUUUUAGCCUAUAAAAAUGUAUAAAAAUGGGGUUCUUCCCUGAAAGGACACAAAUGUUUUUUUUUUUGGGGCUGCUUGCUUUGCCAGAUAUAUUGCACCCCUUUAUUUACAACUUUCUGUUUUUUGUAAACAGACCCCAAACAGAAAGAGUUAUGAUUCCCACACAGACCCACCUGUUGGCGGCCAUUUUGAGCCGUGACACUUAAUGUAUGGGAUUCUUCCAGGUGUCAGGACCAAAUGUCAGUAUGUUUUCCUACAGUCUUUUUCCUCAGGAGCUGGUGCAUUGUGAAGCUCAUUAAUUCCACCCCAGCCACCUUAAUCUCCCUGGGCCUUGGGGGAACCCUGUUAUUAGGUAUUGUCCCCCCUGUGAAAAACCGAGCAGCAGCAGGGUCCCCGCCUCAGACAGAGGUGCUGUAUAUAUAAAGGAUAUCAUUAUCGUCCACUGUCUGAGUAACCACCUUCGCUGUCUCCCAUCCCGUUGACAUGGGUGUAAAGUCUACAUCUUAUCCUUAGGGGGGUCUGAGGGAAUAACCACUGGAAAAUGUCCAAACACUAAGAGGAAGCAGCAUUGCCAGGAAACACAGACAGACUUGUGUAUUAAGCUGGAUAAAGGGGGUUCCCACUUUUCCAUGGCAACCCCCAAGUGAUCCACAGCGAAGGAUAUACCUGGAUGCCAAGGUAGGAAUAUCGUGUCUGUGACGAAUUGGUGAAAAUCCAACAUUCUGUAGGGUAGCUCUGGGGCACUGUGCUUCAUUGCAGAGGGCAGGUUGUAUAUACACAUCAUUUAUACACCUGCAAAAUGCCAAUGUUUUGACCACUGUUGUGAGCUUCUUCAUGUCACAACCAGUAGAUCCCCCUUGCAAAGGUUCAAGCUAGACCUAUGUCAGUAUUGUGGGCUGGAACUGUAACCUACCAACCCUUUCAGCUGCUUUCCUACAUCUACAGGUUGCCCACACUGGGGGUUAUGUAAUAAAACAUUAUUUGCCCUUUUGCAGUAACCCAUAGCAGCCAAUCAGCAGGUAGCAUUUACUGAUCACCUUAUUAGUUGCUAUGGGUUACUGCAGCUGGGCAAACUUAGUGCCUUUUAUUGCAUAUGGCAGCAAGAGCUUUACCUGGCCCUUGUGACUGGUUCUGAACAGCCCUUUUAGCCCAGAAAUUUGGGAAUGAAAGCCUCCCAUUAGGACACAACCCGUAGAACAUGCGGAAGGUGCAGAUGACUAUGUAACUGCGAUCACGUUGUUAAGCCUGUAACUGUGCCACGCUCUCCCCCUCACUGUAUAAUAUCCAGAUUGUGGAGAAGGAAAUAUGACAAGUUGGUACAGCGCAGAUGGCAAAGGAAUAAUUCUAUGUAUUUUUUUAGGCUCUUAUCUUCUAAAAAUAACCCAAAAGCAUGUGAGGAUGCUGUAAGAAGUAUUGUGUAAAUGCUUAAUAUAGCUCCCCGGCCAUGAAUGUGCUGCUGUUCAACAAGUCUGAAUACAUAGGGCAAGCUGGAAUCUCUAGCACCAAAUAGCAAGGAAGCUUUACACCAACACAGGCAAUCUUGUACAUUGCACACUGAAUCAGUGGCCCCCAAAUGCACUUAUUUGUUUUACUGUCCCUCACAGGUUAGUAUUUGCCAAUAUUACUACAGAAUAUGCACAUUUUUGUCUAUAAUAGUGUUGCACAGGCUGAUAUAAAACUCACUGAAUAUGAGUACACCAUGCAGGGUCACCCUAUGGGCAUAUAAUAGUGUAUUCCUGGCAAUGCUGGCAGACAUAUCAGUGGCGUAUUCCCUCCAGCCCUCAGCGGGGUCGAUGGAUUAUAUUUGCAGCCAGGGGUGUAGGCUGCAGGCACUUCUGGUGGCGAAGGGGUUAAAAUAAAAAAAAUGAAACAAAAGCUGCGCCUGAUGGGUGCCGCACUGAACCUUUUUGAAUGUAAAUAGUGUUUCUGAAGUUUGUAUCUGCCGGUAGUGUAUAGGCCUCUGUAAGUCCCUGUCUACAGCUUGGUAUUGUUAAAGAAAAAUACAACUAUAUCAUGAUAAACCCAA